GUAGUGGCAGCCGCCAGCAGAUAGAAGAAGAAGAAGAAGAAGGCGUAGGGGAAACAUGGCCGCCAGGUCUAUACCAGAGCCUCCCAAAAGACGGUACUCUCCAGCGGAGGAUGUUCACACAUUAGGGAGCAUGACAGAUGCAGUCGAGUCAAAACAUUGCUUUUACCAGACGGAAGAAAGCACUUUAGACAAAGCCGGGGUGAGCCAAUAUAUGGAGAACGUUGCCAAUGUUGGCAACGGCAGUGCUUCAUUUUCGAGUCAUUCCGAGGUUUUUGAUUGUGAGGCUAAAGGCGACCAGACAUCAUGUUUGUCACUGGAGGACGGAGUGUCGGAGCCAAAAAUGGUCGAGUCGCCUGAAGGCGAGCGGUGGGCGUUCAACUUUUCCGAGGCAGAAGACGACUACGGCGAAGAGUCUGCUUCCCAAAAUGAGGAAAACAAGUAUGAGACGACACAGACUGUGCUACCAGAAAAAUCAGAUGAAGCGUGUCCUGAUGCAGAGGAAAUUCAAGAGAAGGAAGAUUCCUGUGUUGAUCAAUCCAACUCAGGAAAAGACCUGUCUGAGAACCAAGUGGAAGAUGUAAAUUUAGAUGUGGUUGAAGACCGCAACCCGACUGACAACGGCCAGGAUGCUGAGUUAACAUCCAAGUCAAAAAAGAGUCGUUUGGAGUGCAAGGAGUGUGGAAAGCGCUUCACCCGGCGUGAAAUGUUCUACCUUCACCGCCACUAUCAUGCUCACAAGGAUGAACUCACGCUGCUCACCUGCAAAGAAUGCAGCCUUUCAUUUAGUGACCGCAGGAGCCUUAUGAAACACAGACAUGAACAUAAACAGAGGGAGGAGCCAAAGUAUGAAGAGGAGAGUGGUUUUGAUUGUGCAGAAUGUGAGAAGACUUUCUCUUCAGUGCGAAAGCUGCGGUCCCACAAAUGCAUCUAUUCAGAUGACAAGCCUUACCGCUGUACAGUGUGCCGUCAGGAGUUCCAAUAUAAGGUCUCUGUCACCAAGCACAUGUUGAACCACUCGCUGGAUGAAGGCUUUAAAUGUAAAGAGUGUGGUAAACGCUUCCACACCUACAUGAGGAUGCACCUGCAUCUGCGAAGUCACACAUACCUUAAACCCUAUGAAUGCUCCGAGUGCGGCAUGGUUUUUAAAUACCAAUCUGUCAUGGAAGACCACCGUCGCAAGCACACAAAUAAGCAACCCUCUCACGUGUGCAACAUUUGCGGUAAAACUUUCAAGUACAUCGGUCUCUUUCAACAGCAUCAGUAUCUGCACACCGGUGAGAAAGCCUUUAGCUGUCCGGAAUGUGGUCAAAAAUUUGCCUUUGCUCAGAAUAUGAAGGCACACUGUCGCCUGCACAGACUGUGCCAAACCAACCCACUUCCUUCUCAUGAGCAGCCCACUGAGCAGACCCCUGUGUCUGCACCGGUGCAAAGGAAAGAAAAUGCACACCAGAGUGAAGAAUCAAAACGCACUUUUAACUGUCCACUUUGUCCCCAGACGUGCAGCACCCCGGCCAACCUGAGAGCCCACAUGCUUAUUCAUGAGAUGGAGUAUGAGACACUGGAGAGAAGCACACAGCCCGCAGAGGUUAAAAUGUUCUGGGACAAAGGGCACACCUGUCCACACUGCCCAUCUACUCAUCGUGAUGAAAUGAGUUUUCAAUUACACAUUUUGAAAUGCCACAAGUAUGUAGCACAGGAUUCAGACGAAGUGGCUGCUGUCUCCUUUAGAGAACCAAGACCUCUAAUCAGUGAAAAUGUCCACGCAAAAUUAAAAAAUGAAAGCGUCCCUAUUAGACCGUACAAAUGUUCUAAGUGUGAAAAAACAUUCCGCCAUCGCUCGGUCUUAGAGUUGCACAUGCGCAUACAUUUCAAGGACAAGCCUUGCCAAUGCAAAGUGUGUGGCAAAAGCUUCCGGUUCAGUAGCUACUUGCAGCAGCAUCUCAUUAUCCACUCGGGCAAAAAGCAGCACAAAUGUCCCGACUGUGGGAAGGAGUUCAACUACUUGCACAACAUGAGAACCCAUCAGAAGCUACAUCAGGAAAAACCCUUCCGCUGUUCCAGUUGUAGCAAAGGCUACAGCAGUGACCAGCAACUGCAGCGCCACAUGCUCUCGCAUAAUGGCGAGAAGCCCCAUAAAUGCCACAUUUGUGAGAAAAGCUUUAGCCUGGCGUAUCUGCUCCGCGAUCACAUAAACACUCACACAGGGGAGCGGCCCCAUCACUGUGGUGAGUGCAACAAAUCCUUUUCCUGGUUGAGCAGCCUGCAAAUGCACCAAAAGAGCUCCUCUCACAAUCGCCAUUCUCUCUCGACAACUGGAAAAAUCGGAGGUAGAGGUAGGAGAGGAGGGCUGACAUGGGGUAUGUCUACAGUGUUAGGGGGGCUCCUUGAUGAAGAUUUGCAUAGAGAGGCAGAACCAAAGUCACAGUCUUCCAUGAUCUCCUCUCAUCAGGAACUGCAAGUGAGGAAUCGAAAGGAGGGAUCGCUUUCUGACCUACACCAGACACGUGUUCAAUGGAAGGUGGAUGGUGAAGAGCUGAUGCCCAAUCAGUCAUCACAGCACUUGCAAGCGUUUGCCAACCCACCGUCUGACAGACAUUCAGAACUUUCUGCACAGAAAAGAUGCAGGCCCUCUCAAGUAGAGGUGCUAUCUGUGCCCACAGCUUCUUUUCCUGGUUCCUCUAAUUGUUUGCAAGUAGACGCUGGGUCAUCAUCCUUCAUGAAUGGUGCGGUGUUGUGGAGUGUUCAACCUCCUCUUUUUGGUCAGGGGCUACAGUCUCUAAGAUGGUCCGCAGCUCCGGUGUCAACACAGGAGUCAUCCACGCAAGCAAUUUCCCAGACUGUUAAGUCCCAGAUAGAUGGUGAGGCGGACAAACAGAGAGCUGAAUGCAUAGUAGGUGUACCAACUCCAGCUCAAAUAGACCAAAGCUGCCCCAUGCCACUAUUGACUCCUGUUUCUCAAGGGGCAGUUGGCCCCUUGUGGGACAUUCAAGGUCCACUGGGGAUUUCAGGAAAAAUGAACUUACCUGGGAAGCAGGCAGCAGUAACUGCAGCAACAUGGACAAAUCUACACAAUCAGAAUGGCGUACAGCCACUUCCCAUUUCUAUCCAUCCCUUUGGCCAGGGGAUAAGCACUGCAGUCUGGGGUGUUCAAAACAAUCCUUCUCUUCUCACUUGGCAGCUCAAACCAGGGAGUGCACAGGAACUACAGCAGCAAACUUUGGUCGCUGGCAGUCAGAUCAUCCUCAAUCAACCAACCCCCUUCUUCUCACCACCACUCACCCCACUCUCUGCACUGGCUUUGUCUGGCAGACACCCUCUUCACACUGUUGCCAUCAAUGCAGUACAGAGACCACCCCACCCAAAUCUUUUUAUUCCCCGGCAGGGUGUCAUGACCGAGAGGCCCCCCAUGCCACAAACCCUGCCCCUAUCUCAGCUCUCCUCACAGACCAAUGAUGCUCACAAACUCGGAGUUUCCAGUUUGUCUUUCGCCCCCGACCGACUUCUGCAGUGCAUGAUAUGCAGUUGCUCUCUCCCGCGGGAACUGGAUCUACAAAUGCAUUACUUACAACAUUCACAAGGACAGAUUUGACAUUUUUACACUUUUGUUUUUUGUCGCAUUUCUUACUCUAUUAUUCUGGCUUGUACAUUUUGGAUGGGCAUUGGAAGUGAAAAACUUGAAUAAGUGCCAUUUUUUUAUUUUCACUCACAAUUAUACAAUACACAUGAGACUGUUUGUUUGGCUUAGAGUUAUGGCUAAAACUAUUAGGAGUAACUUUAAAUUUGGCAAUAACAUAACCAGCUCAGUAUUUCUUAAGAAACAUUUUACGUGUGGGUAGUGAAAUGAUGCACUAAAUUUCAGUCACUCCCCACAUUUUUGGCUGUAUCUGUAAAUGUCAUAAUUUUACUUUUUUUUAAUGCAUAUUAAUAAGCAAUUCAAACUUGGUCAGAUUUUACACUGCAUUUCAUUUACUGACAACAUUUAGAUUUUGGCCAGUUUUGACUGACAUUUUUUUCCCACCAAAGGCUUUAACAAGAUUUCAAUGUACAGUAUACAGUGUGCCUAUUAAUGAGUAAAGUCUGCACGUCUAUAGUA